AAGACCUAGAUCUCCUUUAAGGACACCGUGUGGUUGGGUACAGGCCACUUGGUUACGGGAGAAAGGAUGACACAUAUGGCUCCACAGGGGUCACUACGGCUACUUUUCGCGCUGUCCUGUGUGGUGAACACCUGCUUCGGCCUGACCUACAUCUGUCCGGCGAUCUGUCGCUGUAAGGUGGAGACGUUUCGAUGCAACAAAGAGACCCAGGGCAUCCAUGAAAGUGGGCUUUCCUUUCGACCAUUAAGACUCAGCCAUUUGUCCGUGAAAAUAGUUCCACGACAUGCCUUCAAAGACAUCAACGUGACCAGAAUUGAAAUCUCCCAAAGUGUCAGUGUCACAGAAAUACAGCGCCAUGCAUUCCUCUCCCUGCACUGCUUGUCUGAAAUCUCGUUGCAGAACAUCAUCAGUCUGAGAUAUAUUGAGAAAGGAGCUUUCACUGACCUUCCGAGACUCGAGUACUUGAGCAUCCUCAAUACCGGCAUGGUGCACUUCCCCGACUUCACCUCUGUCUCCUCCCUCAUGUCCAACUUCAUCAUAGAAAUGGCGGAUAACACAAAGAUUGACUCUAUCCCGGCCAACUCUUUCAACGGUUUUGCAGAGGACUAUAUCUUCAUGAACCUGUACAGAAAUGGUUUCAAGGAAAUUCAUUCUCAUGCCUUCAAUGGAACCAAGAUAAACAGCCUAGAUUUAAGAGACAACAAACAUCUCUACCAUAUCCAUGAAGGUGCUUUUGACGGUGCUUUGGGACCAAUUGUGCUGGAUAUUUCCUCCACAGCCCUGAGUUCGUUCCCCGCUGAAGGGUUGACGCAGGUGAGGUUCCUGACAGCGGUGUCUGCCUACACUCUGAAGGUCCUGCCCCCACUAGAAAGCUUUACUGAACUGCGGGAAGCUAACCUGACGUACCCCAGCCACUGUUGUGCCUUCCAAAGGAAACAGAGGGAAAGUGCAUUAAAGAACCUCACAAGGCUCUGUGAUGUCAACGAGGCGGACAUGGAACCAGCAGACGAUGGUUUGUACGGAAUCGAUUACAUCACCUCCCAGUAUCCGGACAUGGAACUGGACUGCCUGAACAGUUCCUUCAUCAAGUGCACCCCAAAGCCCGAUGCCUUCAACCCCUGCGAGGACUUGCUGGGCUACUCCUUCCUCCGCUCCAUAACCUGGGUCAUAACACUCUCCGCAGUGGCCGGCAAUCUGGGCGUGUUGGUUAUCCUCCUGGUUAGCCACCAGAAGUUGACCAUUUCCCGAUUUCUAAUCUGUAACCUGGCCUUCGCAGACCUCUGCAUGGGGCUCUACCUGUUGCUGAUUGCAGCCAUGGAUUCCUACUCUAGCCCUCAGUACUAUAACCACGCCGUUGACUGGCAGACUGGUCCGGGCUGCAGCGUUGCAGGAUUCUUGACGAUGUUUGCCAGUGAACUGUCGGUCUACACCCUGACCGUGAUCAGCCUGGAACGUUGGCACACCAUCACCAACGCCAUGCACCUACACAAGCGGCUCCGGCUACGUCACGUGUCGUUCAUAAUGGCCGCAGGCUGGGGCUUCUCUCUAUUGGUGGCUCUGCUCCCUCUCGUGGGGGUCAGCAGCUACAGCAAAGUGAGCAUCUGCCUGCCCAUGGACAUCGAGACGCGAGGCUCCCAGUUCUACGUGAUGGCUCUGCUGAUCCUCAAGGUCGUGGCCUUCACGCUGGUCUGCCUGUGCUAUGUCUGCAUUUACCUGAGCGUCCGCAACCCCGCGCUCACCACACACCACGGAGACACCAAGAUCGCAAAGCGCAUGGCUGUGCUCAUCUUCACCGACUUUCUCUGCAUGGCACCCAUCUCCUUCUUUGCCAUUUCAGCAGCCCUGCGUAUGCCCCUCAUCACGGUGUCCCACUCCAAGAUCCUGCUCAUCCUGUUCUACCCCAUCAACUCCCUGUGCAACCCCUUCCUGUACACCAUCUUCACCAGGGCGUUCCGCAGGGACCUCUGGCGGUUCCUUCAGCGCUGGGACUCCUGCCAAACCAAGCCUGGGAUCUCCAGGAACCAGAAGAAGCCCGUGCGCACGAUCAUUGCCAACAACAAACUGUCAGGCGUCAGACCCCCCUUGUUUAACUUCUAUGCCUAUCACAUCAAAAUGCAGGGUUGCUUACUCAACAAAGGAGAGACAUGAUCACAGACUAUCAUCACUUGGUCGUUAUCUCGAUUGGUCAAAAAUUGUCCCGGCUCGGAAUGGCUAUCUGCUGAAAACAUCAAUAAAAAAACCUUUUCGUUGUGCUUCGGUCAAGAGAACGAUAAGCAGCUCAUGUAUCGACAAAGAUGUAGACAGACAGGUCAUUAGCACUUGAACAGCCCACCAAAAAGGGAAUUAAGUACCGCAAUUCAAGAGAUGAGUACAGAUAAAAUGGGCUGCAAUGACAGACUAUUUGUUAGGGGAACACAAGAGCAUACUGGGAAAUCAUGUGGUUCUAAGUCUUCUUUGGUUUAAUUAUAGGUCUUAUGUCACAACUGUAUAUCGUUACACUGUGCAUUUGGUAGACAGAGUUCCUUCAGACAUUCUGCAGAACAGCGAUGGCAUCAUGACGGGGUUCCUCAGUAGUCUGGUGCUACCUGAUGAUUAGAGAUCUCGCCGGAGCGUUGAGAGACCGACUUGUGAGUCAAGGGUUCCUGGCUCCUGAGGGUAACUCAGGAAAUAUCCCAUGAAUGCAGACAGCACCAACUCUUUCACACACUACUUCUGUCCAGUUUAAUAUGAAUGUAAUGCACACUCAAUUUUUGUAAUAAAG